AUGUCCGAUUUCUCGUUUGAACCUAUUCCACCCCGCCUCACACCUUCAUCACAACCACUAGAAGAAGAACCAGAACCAGACCCAAACAGGAUCCCAACUCCACCUCUCCGUAGAUCUAUAUACCCUCACCCGCACGCCCCAACCUGGUACGUCAACGUCGUGCCCUACAACCCCACCUGGCCAGAACAAUUCCUCAUCAUAAAAUCUCACCUACACAAUCUCCUCGAAACCUCGUCUCCAGCGGCACCGUACCUGACCAUCGAACACGUCGGCAGUACUUCUGUCCCUGGCCUGGCCGCAAAACCCAACAUCGAUGUCCUAGCCACUUUCUCCAGUCAAGAGGCGCUCGAAGCUGCUAUGGAAGCGCUCAAUUGGGAGAUUCCGAUUGCACCGCCAUUCGUGAAGUACACGCAGAUACCACGGGGCGGCGGGAUACCUGGACGUGAAAGCUUCAAGAUCUACUUAUUCGACUAUAGCCCUUAUUAUGCCAGUACACCUGAGAGAAGUCUGUAUUUGAUUGCGGAUACGGAGGAGAACUGGGCUGGACGAGUACAGAUACGAUGUUAUAGGACGGUCAGGGAAGUUUUGAGGAUGGGGGAAAAUAGAGAUCUGUUGGAGGUAUAUGCGGCGGUGAAAACUGAGCUUGGGAAGCAAACUUUUCAGAAUAGCUUGGAGUACAGCGCUAGGAAAGAUGAGAUUGUGAGGAAGAUACUUUUGAGGGGCAGAUGGACGGAGGAGGAAGUGAAGGCCAAAGAGGAUUUGAGUCGAAGGGAGUGGGUUGUGGAUGCAGAUGAUGAUUAUUGA